AUGAUCACCCCAGCAGAGCCCUCCGACACGCCAACCCUGGCAAGAAUCCAAUCCGCUGCCUUUGAGUCCGACCUCCUCGGCCAGCUCAUGUUCGGCCCCUCGUCAGCAGAAGGGGACGCCUUCGCCGCCGCAGAAAUACAAGACGCAAUACACUCCGAUCGAUCCACGCGAAUCAUGAAAGCAGUCGUCGACGGAGAAGUCGCCGGGUAUGCCCAUUGGCAUGUCUAUACCGGGGCCAUGGCCCCUCUCAAAAAGGAGAAGACGCCGCCUGCUUGUUCGCCUUUUCCGGGGAUUUUCCUCUCAUUCUUUGGACAGAUGGCGGAUAAGAGGGUGGAGCAUGGUGUUGGAACGAAUCAGGCGGUCCUCCAAGUACUGGCCGUGUCGCCGGAACACCAACGGAAAGGCGUCGGGGCGGCUCUCCUCCGCGAAGGACUCGAUCACGCAGAUCAACAUGGUCUGACUGCUUGGCUGGAGGCGACGGAGGCAGGGUACCCGCUCUACCGGCGGUUUGGGUUCAAGGAUGUCGAUGAGAUUGCGGUGGAUUUCACACGGUUCGGACAUGAGGGGUCGAAUCGGACGGUGUGCAUGUUGAGAGAUAAACAGUAG